CAACAGCAGCAAGGUGCACCGGUGCCAUGUUUGCUCCUACGCCAGCAACCGCAGCACGGAGCUCAGGAACCACAUGCGGCGUCACAACAAAGAGAAGUUGUUCGAGUGCUGCGUGUGCAACGCGAGCUUCUGCGACCAAACUUCACAUCGUCGUCACCUGCUGCGCCACCUGCCGCUGUCGCUGCUGCAGUGUCCACUGUGUCCCUUCCACACGUCAGCGCCUCUGCACUUCACCAAACACUUCAGCUCGAGGCACAAACUUCAAAGUCAGCUGGAGCUUUGCUUUGAGUGCAAGCUCUGUGGGGAGAAGAGCAUCGACCUGAAGAGUUACUGCGCCCACUCGCGCUCUCACCACAGCGAUCUCCUGCAGCAGCUGGUCGCUCAGCACCAGCCCACUGAAGCUCCUGGCUAGCUGUCAAGCUUGCUGCGAUUGUUGCUCUUAAGUUUGCAGCGAUUGUUGCUGUUAAGUUUGCUGCGAUUGUUGCUCUUAAGAUUGCAGCGAUUGUUGCUGUUAAGUUUGCUGCGAUUGUUGCUCUUAAGAUUGCAGCGAUUGUUGCUGUUAAGUUUACUGCGAUUGUUCCUCAU